AUGACUAACAUUGCCAACGAAAAAGGUGGCGACGUCGUCGCUGAGGUCGACCACCACGACCAUGUCACUACCCCUAACGAGAAGUCCUCCCAUGCAGUACCUCAAGGCGAUGCUCAUGUCACGUUCAAGGUGUGGAUUGUCGUCUGCAUUAUGUCAUGGGGCUAUGGCCUCUCGUUCAUCCCGGUUCCUUUAUUCGCCGCGGUCGGCACAGAAAUCGCCACAGAUCUAGGAAAUGCGGGCGAUAGCGCGUGGUUCAUUCCCGCGUGGAUCAUUUCCAUCACGACGGCAUUCAUGAUUGCAGGAUCCAACACCGAUAUGCUGGGUCGACGCUGGUUCUUGAUCACAGGCCAAGUCGUGUGCUUCGUGGGCCAUCUCAUCACGGGUCUAGCCAAGUCAAACGCGCAGAUCAUUGCUGGCAUGACGAUAGAGGGCUUCGGUGCUGCACUGUGCCAAAUGGCUGCAUUCGCUCUACCGGAGCUACUGCCGAAUAAAUGGCGGGCUAUUGGCGUUGUCCUGGCGGAUUUUGCCGUAUACUUGUGCAUCACGGUCAUUCCAGUCACAGCCAGAUACGGCUACUUUGUCGGAGACUGGCGAGCCAACUUCUACUCGGCAGCCGGCCUCCAAGCUCUCUCAGCUGCGGGCCUCUACUUCUUCUACUAUCCCCCCGCACACCCGCUUGGGAUUCCAUUCCGAACGGCGUUUAAGCAGUUGGACUACUUGGGCAUGCUCCUGUUCACUGCUGGCGCGGUACCGGUUAUGGUAGGAAUCGUGUACACCGCUUCCGUGCCUGCCUCCGACCCGAAGGUUCUGGGCACGCUAAUUGCUGGAUUCAUCAUCCUCGUACUGUUUGGCGUCUGGGAAACCUUCGGCCACGCCAGACACCCGCUGACGCCGCCAGCGAUCUUCCGAAAGGGCAGAGGAAGAGACUUCACCGCGCCGUGCAUCGCGCUCGCCAUCAUCAACAUGUUCUACUAUUCCUCGUCCAUCAUCUGGCCCACGAUGAUCAACGCCUUCUACACGGCCGGCGGCCAGCCAUGGGAGCGCGCAGCCGUGCUCUCGCUACCGCAGGGCCUCGCCAUCACCGGCGGCGCCAUCGGCCUCACAUUCCUCGGUCCGCUCAUCAAGCACUACCACUGGCAGCAGACGGCAUCGGUCACGAUGAUGGUGGUGUUCGGGUCCCUGCUCGCCCUGGCCACGCCCACCAACAUGGGCCUGAUGUGCACCUUCGUGGUGCUCUCCCUCUUCGGCUACGGCUGGGCCAUCUACCUGUCCAUCGCAUUCACCCAGCUCGGUGUCGACCAGGAGAAUCUCGGCAUCAGCGGCGAACGACUUGAAAUCAAAGACGCCGGCGUACGUGACCAAGGCCGCCGAGGCGGCCGCGUGUCUGCGUCGCAGAUCCCAGAUCUGCUGAUGCUGCUGGCCACGCCGAAGGAGCUGGCCUCGCAGUUUGGCGAGAGUGUGGCUGGUGCUGUCGGGCUGGCACAGCAGCUAGCGAUUGCGCAUGGCAUCAAGUUGAUUGCGCUGACGAGUCUGGGGUUCGGCUGUAUCGGCAUCGUCGCAUGCUUGUGCUGUCAGAAUAUCGAUUCACGCAUGGACAAUACCAUCGAGGUCUUUUUGGAGAACGAUGAGUUUGCUGAUCGGAAUAAAUUCCAUUGA